GGCGAAUUCGAGUCUUACCUUACGUAUGGAGGUCUGUCGAACAGCGCCGCCUUUCUCACUGAUGCUCCAGGUGCGGCAAGCCCCUUCGUGCGCCGCCGCCUAGCAGGGGCAUGUACACGCAACUAACGCGCGGACCCGCUCGCGUGGGAUGCGCUGCUUAACAGUGUUCACUAGCACACGACCGGCCCUUCCCCGCCAGGCGCAUGGUCCGCGCAGCCCCCAACAUGAACUUCCAGAUGUCUUCGCUCCAGUAAGCGGGCGACUCACAGUGUCCACACCCACGGCGGGCAGCCAACCGGCAGCUGCCCAUGGAGCUCGCCCUCCCGCGAACGCGUCGAACAUUCAUAGCCAGCUGCCCUCACAUGCAGCGAACGCCCGAAGCCUCCCGCCCCCAAAACGUCCACCGCGUCCGCAUCGAAGAUGGUUCCCAUGCCCGCACUGCAUGGCAGUAGCGCUGAGUUCGAAAAUGCAGAGAUUCCACGGAACGCGAUGGCGAUGGUAUCGGCAUGCUAGCGCAGGACACCUCAUCGCGA